GUAGGAACGAUCUUCUCCAUCAAGAUGGGUGUACUCAAGAGCGGAUUCUUGGUUCUUGGUUUUGCUGUUUCUCUGUAUCCUGUUUUCGUACUUCUUUUGACGAAUCCUUGGUUGCAACGACAGUGCAUUCAUUCUGGCUUUUGGCAUGAUGUCAACAAGCCCGAGUCCUUUGGCUUUGCAGCUCAUCAGGUAACUCCAUUCAAUGUCAGCACACCAGACAACGAAGUGCUCUAUGCGUGGCACAUUCUGCCCCUAGCAACUGUGGCNAAAAACAGAGAUGCUUUGGCUGCAACCGAUCCCUUUGAUCAAACUUUGCCGCUUCAGCUUCUCAAAUCCGAUCCUGAGGCUAGAGUCGUCGUAAAUUUCCAUGGAAAUGCAGGACAUGUGGCUCAAGGCUGGCGCACAGAUACAUAUCGUGCGCUCUCAAACCAACCUCACACCCAUAUCUUUACAAUCGACUACCGUGGUUUUGGUCGCAGCACUGGCUCACCCACCGAAGAAGGCCUCAUCACCGAUGGUCGCGCCUUGGUCCACUACGUCCUCUCCCUGGGCAUUCCUCCCUCGCGCAUCGUGAUCCUCGGACAAAGUCUCGGAACCGCCGUUGCCACCGCAGUAGGCCUGAGUUUCUCAAACCCAACUUCUGAACUUCUGCCUCAACCUUUACUCGGCCCAAAGCACGAAACAGCAGUCUUCAGAAGUAUUAUUUUGGUGGCGCCGUUCUUUUCGCUUCCGGAUCUUUUGCUUAGUUAUCGUAUUGGAGGAUUGAUUCCUGUUUUGGCUCCUCUCCGCAACUCGCCUUUUCUGGUCGGCUUGGUCUCGAAAUAUAUCCUUGAUACUUGGCCUUCUGGGUUGCGUCUGAAUGCUUAUGUGUCUGCUGCUGCUUCUGUGGCAGCUAACCACAACGGUGCUGGAAACGUACAUAUCUUGCAUGCAAGAGAUGAUCAGGAUAUUGCGUAUAAGCAGAGCGAGAAGCUGUUUGCUGUUGCCGCUGGAAAGGAAGUUGAGGAUCUGCCUUUGGGUGUGAGAGAGGAGGUCAAGGAGGGCAAGGUUAAGGUCAGAGUUGAGAUGUUGGAGUUUGGGAUGCAUAAUCGUGUUGUUACGUAUGCGCCUGUUGGGUUGGCUGUUAUGAGGGCUUUUGAAGGGGUGUAA